AUGCCGCUCAUCGCAAGACGAUUUUCAAUUACCAAUUUCCUCAUCGCGACCUCAGCCCUCGGAUUCCAGGUCUUCGUCUUGUAUCCAUGGCACACCAAACUUGACGAUGAUUUCUCUGCGCUCAAGAAGGAAAACGUCCGGUUGAUGCAAGCAAUUGAGCAAAGACUACCUCCGCCCAAGGAAAGGUCAAUCGUGCCUUGA